CCUCCUCAUCCCCCAAAUCCACCGGAGCCAAGAAGAAUGAAGAUGCCGUCCGCUGCAGCAGUAAAAAAGAAGCUGAAACGUAUUGAUGUUCACAUCCAAGGUGAAGAUUUCAAGCUUCGUGGACUAGUUCCAUUCCAUGCAUCCGUCAUCAAGCCAAAGCCUUCUGUGGGCAAAAUUUCAUACAUCAGGGUCCCAUCAGCUCACCGGUCCAAGGAGGUGGAGAGUCACGUGGCCUUCCCAAAGCCAGCGUCUCCCUACAUUGCAGCCCGGAAGAGAGCUCAACGUAGAGGGGUAACUGCGAGGAGGAUACGGAAACGGAGGCGACGGCGAAAACGCAAGCUUGGGUGUCAGAUAUUUCAGACCACAUGUGCAUCUCGACUGGGCUUCUGUCAACUGCCGGCUGAUCAAACAUGUAGUACUGCGGAGUCUUCCAAUAUGGUAAAUGUAAACGAAAAAUUGCAGGGGUAAAAAAAAGUAACGGGGGAAAAGCCAAACGGAGCAGACCCCCAUGCAAGAAAGAACAAUGUGGUCCUUGCCAAAUUUGUGGGAAAAUAAGCACAAGAUGGACUCACUUGUCAACAUUAAAAAAUGACACACUUAAGCAGUUUGUACUUCAAGUAUUGCCACAUCU